CACCGCGCUAAGUCCUCGCACAUGACACAAACUUCUUUCACUGCUUAGAUCCCUGCGCGCCCAGUGCUCAGAGUCAGAGACCCAUCAGACAGGCAGCGAAAUGGCGAGCCCGCUCUGCGCUCACGUCGCAGCGGGCAACCUGUCACAUGCAGGCUUCAGUGGGAGGACUCAGCCUGCUCCAUAUAGCUCUGGUCAACGAACCCAGCGACUAGGUGCGGAUGCACCGCGCGCUUAUGGAGAGGGAUCCGGCGCCUCUACCAGUGUGACGCAGGAAGCUACAGUCGCUGGCAGCAUUAAAGUGCGGGUGACCCCACCAAAACCCGCCUCGGUACCGCCAUCCCCGCCCUCGCUCAUCCACAGCCCGGUCUACGUGCAGAACAAACUCAUCAAGCCCACGGCCUCGGCCGACGGGGCGGCGGUGCUGCCUCCCUCCUCGGCCGGCGGGGGUUACGGGGACGAGGAGGAGGAGGGGGCGGGUGGCGCCAACGUGCUCCUGUCGGCACUCAGGAAUGUGGACCGCAGCCUGGACGAGCUGGAGCAGAACCCCCUGCCGCUGCAGCGGGAGAUCUACGAGCUCAGCCGCAGCCCCGUGGGCACCGCCACAGGCUCGGCGCUGACCACCGCGGCCAAGGUGACUGUGGCCGCCACCAAGGAGGCGGUGAAGGCGGCUGUGCCGGUGGGGCGGUGGGUGCUGCGCGAGGGGGCGCGGGCCGCUAUGGCGCUCGUGAGCCGGGCCGCGGCGGAGGCGGCACGGAAGCAGGUGGAGGGCGGCACCGGCACCACCAAGAUAUCCGUCAAGAAGCGGCCGGAGGGCGGCAGCGGCGGCGGCAGCAGCAGCAGCAAGGGGAAGAAGUGAGGGGAGCAAGGGGGAUUACAAGGUUAAAGCAUUGGGAACAGGAUACAAGGGGGAGGGGGGUAGUCCGGGGCGGUGGCGGCGGUGGCAGUAGCUGCGGGGUCCGCUGGAGGAGAAGGUAGGGUGGCAGUAGCAGCGCGGCGAGGAGCACGGGGCAGGGGUAGGGGGACAUGUUUGGGAGCGCAAUAGCAGCAGGAGCAGCAGCUAUGGCAGCAGGAGCAGCAGCUGGUGGGCAGGAAUGGGGCUGUGGCGGCGGCAGCGGCGGGUCAUAUCAGGUGGAAGCCGCACACAGCUGUAGCAAAAGGACGGGACAGGUCUGAGGCGGGCUAUUUUAUCCGCAUGCAUGCACCGGCGUGGCAUAGAAAGAGCUGUGUAUUGUAUUUCAUGGACGCACCUAGCUAGCUAGGAGGUUGUUGCUGCUGACGUGGAAUUGGCGUUUAGCCAAUGGAAGUAUGAGGCGAUAACAGGUCUGUGAUGCCCUUAGAUGUUCUGGGCCGCACGCGCGCUACACUGACGCGACCAACGAGCCUAUCCUUGGCCGAGAGGCCCGGGUAAUCUUGUAAACCGCGUCGUGAUGGGGAUAGAUUAUUGCAAUUAUUAGUCUUCAACGAGGAAUGCCUAGUAAGCGCGAGUCAUCAGCUCGCGUUGAUUACGUCCCUGCCCUUUGUACACACCGCCCGUCGCUCCUACCGAUUGGGUGAGCUGGUGAAGUGUUCGGAUUGAGCUUGGCUGGGGCAACCUGGCCUUGCUUGAGAAGUUCAUUAAACCCUCCCACCUAGAGGAAGGAGAAGUCGUAACAAGGUUUCCGUAGGUGAACCUGCGGAAGGAUCAUUGAAUCUAUCACAAUCCACACCGCGAACUAACACUGUUGGCCUCCGUCUGUGUAAAAGCAAACGGGCCAGGUCUGGGCGCAAUGUAAAAGUUACGCCUGGCCUGGGUUGCCGCAAGGCAUCGGUCUCUUAUACUAACCAACCAACACCAAACCAAAACUAAAUUAAAACCGAGUAUCUAGCUUAGAGCUAGUGCUCACUAACCAAGACAACUCUCAACAACGGAUAUCUUGGCUCUCGGAUCGAUGAAGAACGCAGCGAAAUGCGAUACGUAGUGUGAAUUGCAGAAAUACGUGAAUCAUCGAAUCUUUGAACGCAUAUUGCGCUCGAGGCUUCGGCCAAGAGCAUGUCUGCCUCAGCGUCGGGUUAAUACUCGCCCUACUCCAACACACUUGUGUGUUUGGAGCAAGAGCGGACCUGGCUGUCUCGGUGUUUGAUUUUCGGAUCAGACGCCGGGUCAGCUGAAGUACAGAGGUUGAUGCAUGGACCCGCUUAUGGGCCUCUACUGGGUAGGCAACUCGUUGCUAAUGCUUUAGUAGAUGGCUUGGAGCUGUGCUUGUCGACCCAAACCAGGAACUUUGGCCCUGUGCCGAAGCAAACCCCUAUUUUCUCGACCUGAGCUCAGGCAAGAUUACCCGCUGAACUUAAGCAUAUCAAUAAGCGGAGGAAAAGAAACUAACAAGGAUUCCCCUAGUAACGGCGAGCGAACCGGGAAUAGCCCAACUUGAAAAUCUUCCCAGGGCCGAUGCCGAUGUCUCCGGGCUCGCUUGCGUUACCGCCAGCCGCCUUGUCCAAGUAAGGGAAUCUUAACCCUUUUCCCUUUCGAUGGGCAGCGCGAAUCGCGCUCUUCACACAGGAUUACCCCAUCUCUUAGGAUCGACUAACCCAUGUCCAAUUGCUGUUCACAUGGAACCUUUCUCCACUUCAGUCUUCAAAGUUCUCAUUUGAAUAUUUGCUACUACCACCAAGAUCUGCACUAGAUGCCGAUUCACCCAGGCUCACGCCAGAGGCUUAGUCUCGACACCCACGCCCUCCUACUCAUGGAAGCGUCGCACUUGCUUCCAUGGCCGAGUAUAGGUCACGCGCUUAAGCGCCAUCCAUUUUCGGGGCUAAUUGAUUCGGCAGGUGAGUUGUUACACACUCCUUAGCGGAUUUCGACUUCCAUGACCACCGUCCUGCUGUUUAUAUCAAUCAACACCCUUUGUGGGAUCUAGGUUAGCGCGUAGUUUGGCACCUUAACUCGACUAUCGGUUCAUCCCGCAUCGCCAGUUCUGCUUACCAAAAAUGGCCCACUUGGAGCUCACAUUGAAUGUGCCGGUUCAAUUAAGCAACCGACACGUCUUACCUAUUUAAAGUUUGAGAAUAGGUGAAGGAUGUUUCAUCCCCCGAACCUCUAAUCAUUCGCUUUACCCGAUAAAACUGAUCAAGCUCCAGCUAUCCUGGAUGGAAGGUAGGAUGGGUGUGAGCCUGCCGCGUGGGACCUGGCGGUGUGCGUCGAGGGCGCGAGUGUGCUCAGUUCCUCUUGAAUUGGUAUGUUUAGCUAGAAUGGUGAGGCCGAAGCCAGAUGAAAAUUGUUGCUGUAUUAUAUUCUUUGCAUUCGCAUUUGGCCAGACUUCGGAGGCUGCACAACUGCAGUGAGAUGUCGAUGUAUAACAACAGACGUGCGCGAACGUAUAUGGGGGGCUGGAUAGAGUUCGAGAAGUCAAAGAUUUUACGGAGAAGGGGUGGGACUGGGCAGUUCUGACGGCACCUGUUGACGCAAACUGGCGGCCAGCCGGCCACAGUCGAAUGUGGUUCGACCGUGGGCGACGGUGGGCGUGUGCGGCAUGUGUGCCGGCGCCCCGUACGCCUCGCCUGCGUGCCCUGCGGCUUUCGAUGCAAAGCAGGGCGGGAUGAGGCCACGAGGGGGAAGGGCACACGGAGUCGGGGACGUUCAAACUCCUAACUACCACGACUCGUGCUACUGCGGACGGCAACGGAGGCCACGGGGGUCCGGACUCGACGCCAAGCACGGCGCACGGAACCCACAUCGGCGCAUGCGGCGGUGGGCGGAGUUGAACUUGCAGUAGCCGAGCCG